AUGGAGGAAGAGGCAAAGCUACCGUUGAUGGCCAGAGAAUCAUCCCGACCGUUGCGAGUGGUUGGGAUUCUUAAAGAAGCCCUUUGUCUUCCCACAAGAAAUGGGAAGCUCAUGCUCUCCAUCAUACUCCUCGUGCUUGUUCCAUUCUGUAUUCUGGCUCUGGCUAGCAAUCUAGUCCUCACCCCAGUGGCCAGAGACCUGAUUUUUAAGAUAGCCCACUUUCCUAAGGGUGAUCCAAAUAGCCCAAAAGUUAAGGAGAUCUCAGAUGAAAUUAAAGAAGACAUCCGACUCCUCCUAUCAUUCGAAGCGAUCUUCUUCGUUAUGAUGUGCAUCAUGGCAUUGUUUUCAUUAGUGGUUACUGUCCACUCAACGGCUAUGAUUUACACUGGGAAAUCCUUCACACUCAAUGACUUGUUUUCAAUGAUGAGGAUAGGAGGAUCUUGGAAGCGACCAAUGAUCACUUCCUUCUAUGUGUCUCUCAUCUCAGCCGCUUAUGGCCUUUUGAUCAUGGGCUUAAGUAUUUUUAUCGUGAUGGCUACCGACGGUGUGAUUCUAACAGUGUUGUGUUCUCUGCUGGGGCUUUCGGGCUCACUCUUUUAUGUGUACUUAACUGCAGUUUGGAUGCUGGGUCUUGUGAUUUCCAUAGUAGAAGAAGAUUGUUAUGGAAUGAAGGCACUUGGGAAAGCUGGAGAACUCAUCAGAGGAAGAAAGCUUCAAGGGUUUGCUCUUAUGUUGCUUCUUUACAUCACCACCAUGGCGAUUCUUGUGGUCUAUUUUUGUGCCAUGAGGGUUAUGAAGCAGAUGACUGCGGCCCGAUUGGUGACAUGGGCCAUCGUGUUCUGUUUAAUUUGGGUGGUGAAACUCUUCAUGUACGUCGUAAAUACAGUAUUUUACUAUGAAUGUAAGAAAACCAAUGGAGGAGAAAACGUUUAUGUGCCGGUUCCGACUGGUGAAGUUUAG